CUCACCGACGAACCACUUCCGUGUUGUUGUUUUUGUUUCACGUCAGAUUUCUAGUAAAAAUAUCUUCUUCUUUUUACAGUAGAGCGCGUAGUUACGGCUCAUCGCGAAGAUAUUGUCACCGUAAUAACUUAAACAGCAUGUGUUAGCUGGUGUUUGCACGGGGAUGCAGUUAUUCGCCUUGUUAGUGCUCAUCACGUGGAUCCUGACAGAUUGAGCUGCUGUCGCAUCGUGGAGCAGCUUUGGUUUAAUGCUCGUUUCUUUAUAGUUCAUCGCGUCGGUUUGCAGUCCAGGUAGUAUUGGACAGGUUAGGGAGGUGUUAAGCGAGGUGGUUUGAUGGUUUGGACUGCAACUCGGCGUGUAGAGGGAAAGCCAUGCUAUGAUGGUGCUGCGCAGGCUGCUGAGGAAGCGCUGGGUGCUCGGGGUCGUGUUCGGGCUGUCGCUCAUCUACUUCCUCACCAACACACUCAAACAGGUACUCAAACAGGAGGAGCGACCCAUACGGGAUCGCACACUUUUAGAAGUUAGAGAUUCAGACCACCGCAUCCCCUGGAAAGUUCGAUUCAACCUGGGCAACAGCAGUCGACAGAUCAAUCAGUGCAGAAACUCCAUCCAGGGCAAGACUCUCCUCACAGACGAACUUGGUUAUGUCUGUGAGAGGAAAGACUUGCUGGUUAACGGCUGCUGUAACGUCAACGCUCUCAGCACCAGACAGUACAUUUGUAAAAGCUGCCUGGCCAACGGCUGCUGUAGUAUCUACGAGUAUUGCGUGUCCUGCUGCCUGCAGCCUGAUAAGCAACCUCUCCUUGAGCGUUUCCUGAAUCGUGCAGCUGAAGGUUUUCAGAAUCUCUUUACUGCUGUGGAGGAUCAUUUUGAGUUGUGCCUGGCCAAGUGUAGGACAUCUUCACAAAGUGUCCAGCAUGAGAACACUUACCGAAACCCUCAAGCAAAGUACUGCUACGGCGAGAGUCCUCCGGAGCUCCUUCCUGUAUAAAAACACGACCUCUGGUGUAGGAGGAACAAGAGGAGCCAGUGAAAGGACGCUCAACAGGGCUUGGAGCGCAGAGGCUGCAGAUGAAGUUUUGUAUUGAACAGUUUUGCAUCAUUAUGGCAGAAGACAUCUCAAGACUUCCGAUCUCAAAAGGGGAGACGACCUAUCCGAUUUUAUUUACACUUCAUAAGUGCAUAGAACACUUCAUAAAUUCAUCCAUGAUGAUCAUCAGGUCUACAGCACAGGCAGCUCAUCAUCGGGAUUUGCCUCAAUCAAGGUCAAGUCAGACAACAGGCUUCAUUUAUACCGUUUGUUGAAAAGUUUAAAGCAGCAAAGAAUGUGUAAUUACUUCUGUGUAUUCUGCAUGCUUAUGAAACCUAAUAAAAGCUAGCUCAUAAAAUAA